GCUCGAAUAAUUCACCGCAGGCUAUAAAAGCUUCGUUAGCAAAUUUAAUUGUUUUGAUUCAAAGAGAUCUUAUUUGCAUAAAAAAGAUAAAACAGUGAUUCGAUAAAUUAUUUUUAUAAAUAUUUCUCUCUCCUUUUCUAAAUAAUUAUCCAAAAUCAACUCGAACUUCGAGUAAACAAUCAAGAAGAACUCAUCUGUGAGAAGGUUCCAAAGAAUAAAUUAAAAACCUGAUAAAGAUUAAAAAUGUCAAAACCAACUUUAUAUUAUUCACCUUUGAGUCCACCUUCAAGGUUUGUUUAUAUCACUGCGAAGCACCUUGGAGUUGAUAUAGAUACAAAAAUGAUAAGUUUGGCACAAGGAGAUCAUAUGACCCCUGAAUACAAAGCUAUCAAUCCAACAUCAACUGUACCAGCACUUGUUGAUAAUGACACCAAAAUUUUUGACUCGAAUGCCAUUGCAAUCUAUUUGGUUGAGAAAUUUGCGAAAGACGAUUCAUUGUAUCCAAAGGAUUUGAAGUUAAGAACAAAAGUUCAUGAACGAUUGUUUUAUAUCGCAAGUUAUUUGUUUCCGAGAGGCUAUCAAAUAUUUUUCAGAGUUUUCUUCGGACCUGAAACUGAAAUCGCCGAAUACAAGAUCAAGGAAAUGUUGCGUGGAUAUGCAACAAUUGAAGUCUUCCUAACAGAAAACGAAUAUUUAGCUGGCAGCACAAUGACACUUUGCGAUCUUGACUUAUGGUGCAUGAUGGAGUCUGGUGGUCAGCUUAUCCCAAUUGAUGAAGAAAAAUUUCCAAACUUUACUCGUUGGUUGAACAAAAUGCGAAAAUUAGAGUACUAUGCAUUCAACAAAGAAGGAGCUGAUAAACAUGUUGCAUUCUGGCGUCAAUGCUUGCAAAGGAAUAUUGAAAACUUGAAUAAGCAGUAAGAAUCUAAUUCACAAAAUAAAUCUUCAAUUAUCCAUAUAAAUGUCUAAUUAUGGAAAAUAAAUCUAAAUUGUAUUUUCAUAAUUUAAUCAAAA